UGUGGCAAGAGCGAGUACAGCGUGAUUGCCGUGGCGGACGGACGCGUGGUGCGUUCCAAAAUCAAAUUUGAAUUUUAGACUGUGUAUGAAGUCGUGAACCUGUGAACAAAGUGUUUAAUUAAUUUAAAAGAAAAAAUAAGACUUAGUAUUUGUCAUUUAAAUUAAAUGAUUAUCUAACAAUCAAAACUUUAAUUUUGUAAAUAACCAUUUAAACAAGACAUUAUUUGAAGCCAGUGUGUGUGUAAUGCAAAAAAACAAAUAAUUCAAGAUGGACUCCGAAAUCGUAGAAACGCAAACGCAAAAGAAGCAGCCGAAACCAUUUUCGAUCGAAUCGAUAAUCGGGAAUACGGACAGAAAAUCGCCUGAGAUCGACAUCGAGAACAAUUUAUCGGAGCAUUCCAGGAAUUCGGAUGAUGACGAUGCCGAAAAAUUGGAACUGAACCGGAUGCGGUACUACGCACCAUUUCUACAGAAUGGAGUUAGUUUUCCAUUUCUACUUGGGUACCAUGAGCCGUGGCUGUCACGGAUGCUGGGCACUCCGGGGCAGAACGUGGAAGAAAACAGGGAGAAGAGGGAGAGUCCUGUGAGUGUUGGGAGCGAAGAGAGCGACGGUGGAGAAGACAAUGCACAAGGUAAUGAUUCGGAGCCAGACCAAGAGGACUCUAGUACAGACACUCCGCGAGAGAACAAGGCCCGGCGACGACGCACCGCUUUCACUUCAGAGCAACUCCUCGAGCUGGAGAGAGAGUUCCACGCGAAGAAGUACCUCAGCCUCACAGAACGGUCGCAGAUAGCCGCCGCGCUCAAGCUUAGCGAAGUUCAGGUCAAAAUAUGGUUCCAAAAUCGCCGCGCGAAAUGGAAGCGAGUCAAAGCUGGUCUUGCGUCAGGCAGUCAUUCCAGCGGGAAAAACAACUCCGGGACCAAAAUUGUGGUCCCCAUCCCUGUACAUGUUAAUAGAUUCGCUGUUAGAACCCAGCAUCACCAGAUGGAGAAGCAAAACGGGCUACAAUACAGAUUGGAUAGAGCCACACAACCUCUUCCGGGCAGUUUACUACAAUCACAAACCUCGGCUUUCCUAAGUGCUUCAAAACUUGCGGAAAGCCGCUUAAAUUUGCCGGAUAAUCGGUUGAAUUUACCGGAUAAUCGACAAGAUCCGUUGAUUUUAAACCCGGUUUUGGGCCGUGGUGUGUACGAUGCCAGUAUGUCCGCAAGGUUGGCGACCAUGAGCCAAGCCGCCAACUUAAGAUAUCCAAAUCAAAAUGGCCGACCGAGCUAAUUAUCAUUUUGUAUUUUUCUUAGAUCUGUAAGAACUUGUGGAAAUUUGUUAAUUAUUUCUAAUGGAAUCAUAUCUUGCCUAAUUUUUAUAUUACACUACGGAGGAUAGCCUGUUUAAAAACCACAAAAAUAUAAUUAAUACUUGGUUCGGAUUCCUGCUUUAAAACAUGAUGAUCGAAUGAUAUUUUCCUUUUGUUAUUUGCAAGCUUGAAGACUUCUAAAUAAUUCCUUCAAAUAAGCAAGAAAAGAUGAAAUUAGCAAAAACUCAACAGAUUUCCAAUUGCCCUAUUAUUUGAUGUGUACAGAAUUUCAUAUAAAUUGUAUGAUAUUAUAGUAUAAUUAGUGUAAGUUUACAGCUGAUUAAUGUAUAUUUAUAUAUAAAGUAUUAA